UUGCAUUGUCGUUAAUAUCAUAAUCGUGUUUUUACUUCCCCGAUGGCCAUUUUACUAUAUAGAGAAGUCCUUCUUCCUUAACUUGUUGCUUAAUUAAAAGAUUUGUCGUUCUGCCUUGUUUGUGUGUCUCCUUCAGAUCGCUCAUGUCCUCUCGAAUGCUCUUAUACAGAUGGCUACCUCGUUUAUAGCAAAAGCGGUUACCGCUUUUCUUCUCAUCGCACCUAGCUCUGCGCUACCUCGCGACUCGCUCAUAGAAAAUGACUUAGAGAGCAGAGACAAGUCAAGCCUUGUGCAGCCAAUACAUCAGUCGUUCCCGCUCGGUACUAUCAAGCCGCGAGGAUGGUUUAGAGACCAGUUGCAAUUAGAGGCUAAUGGACUUGCCGGUAACUUGUUUGAUUUCUACCGCUUCGUUCAUGACUCUAUGUGGAUAGGCGGCUCGACCGAGUACUCGGUGCUUCACGAGUCGUCUCCAUAUUGGUUCAACGGUCUCGUACCUCUUGCCUUUGGACUGGAUGAUCCGAGGCUCAAGGGACAAGUUUAUUCUUACCUGGAUUAUGUCCUCGACCAUCAGCAGGAAGACGGCUGGCUCGGACCCGAGACCACUCCCGAGUCUCGAGGUUUAUGGGCGCGUUGUUACUUUCUGUUAGGGCUCAUGCAAUAUGCCCAAGCAGAUCCCCAGCAAACAGACAGAAUUGUAGAUGCUAUGCAUCACUAUAUCCAGCUUGCUCACAGCAUGCUAAAGGAUAAUUUUAGCGGUCUUAUACAGAGAGAUGGCCAGGAUUUCGACGGAGAUGGUUUCGGUGCUAUGCGAGCUCAUGAGAUGCACAUUCCGCUGCAAUGGCUCUAUGAGCAGCAUCCUCGGAACAAUUCGCAGAUAAUUUGGGAAACCAUGGAGCUUAUGAUCGAAGGAAGCGCCAACGCUAGUAGCGAUUGGAGGACUUUCUGGGUCAAAGGAGUGUACCCAGAAGUUACUUAUACUCCUAGGAAUGAACCUUUCAAGGAGUUGUUCAACCAUGGCGUUAAUAUGGCAGAAGGACUUCGGUACCCAUUGGCGAUAUACCGAAUGACGCACGACGAAGCGCUUAAGACGCAGACGAGAACCGCGGUAGAUUUAUUGGCGCAAUAUCACAAGUCUUUAGCCGGAACAAUUAUCGGCGACGAAUUCAUUACAGAUCUCAACCCAAUAAGAGGGGCAGAACUCUGCACUGCUGCAGAGAUGACCUUCUCCAUGGCAUACAUCUACCAGUAUCUCGGCGAUAACGACUUGGCAGAUUGGGCAGAGCAGGUUGCAUUCAAUGCUCUGCCAAGCUCGAUCUUCCCAGAUUGGUGGUCACAUCAAUAUGUACAGCAGGAGAACCAGCCAUGGUCGCGUGCUUUAUCGGUGAAUCCCGAUAUGUGGGUAAACGUUGGAGUUCACGGUAACGUGUUCGGCUUGGAGCCCAACUAUCCCUGCUGUACGGUUAAUCACCCGCAGGCGUAUCCUAAAUUCCUUGCUAAUUCCUUUACGCUUACGGACGGGGGAAUUGCUCACGUUCUACUAAUUCCCGGAAGUAUCAGCACUUCGUUGGGCCAUAACCGCGUAAGCAUACAGGCCGACACUAACUAUCCUUUUGGCCUGGGUAUAAAAUACUCGAUUACGGCGUCAUCUGAUUUUACGUUCUACGUUCGGAUUCCAGGCUGGGCAGAUAAAUCGAGUACUAUCGUAGGGCCUUCUGGUAAAUCUAGGCCGAUCUCGCCAUCGGACAAGGGGCUUCAGAAGAUCGAAGUUAGCAAAGGCAUCAGCUUUGUCAACGUUAAUCUUAAGACAGAGCCGCGAGUAGUCACAAGAGCCAACAAUACCGCGGCGAUAUACUACGGGUCGCUACUCUACAGUCUUCACAUUGAUGCCAACGUAUCGGAGGUACCUGUGGUUGCGUUCAGCGGUGAUACUGUACCAAGUACAAGUACUACAUCUCAUACGCACGACCACGUCAUCGAACCUGCGAGCAUAUGGAACAUUGCUAUCGACCCAUCGCAGAUAAAAGUUGUGCAGGCUGAUGUGUCGACCUUAGCGGAUCCGAUCUGGGAUCUUGGCGCGCCGCCUGUUGAGCUUCGCGUAGCCGCUGUCGAGAUAGACUGGCCUCUUGCAUUCGAUACCGCGGCAGAUCCUCCCCUGGUGCCCAAGGUCACCGGAAAGCCUUUCAGCGCCCGUUUCGUGCCGUUCGGGAGCGCCAAGAUACACAUGGCGCAUCUCCCUGUUGUGAAACUGGCUAAGGUAGAUUUAUCGAGCUGAUAAAAGGCGUUUAAGAUGGGGUAGAUGCACAUAGGGGGUUGCAGUAGAAUAUACGAGCUUAGAGCAAUAGUUUUGUAUACAAUUGUGUAAUUCAUGGACCACGGGUUUUAUUGCGCGGUUACGGUUUUCGAGAUUCAAGACAUGCGUGCGAGAACGAGCUCCCUUAGCUUGAUUGCUUGAUGAGAUACACCAUCACGACCGAGACAUAUA